AUGGCCUCACCCGUCGACUCCCCCUCCACUCGUCAUUGCUUCCAUCGGAUCUCGCCCAGCGACAUUCGGGAUUCAUGGAGCGGAAGGAUGGAUGGUGAUAUUCUCGAGGAUAUCGCGCGACAGUUGUCCGCUGUUGAAGUGGCACUUUUUCUGUGCUUGGCCAGUCGCGCACAUUGCCUGAUUGAGACCACCAGAAACUAUGUCGACGAUCUUGCAAAGGAGCUAACCCUGAUAUCCUCGAACACUUUCGAUCUGUCAUCCUGCAUUGUUGAUUGCUGUGCCGCAACAUCAAUCGAGGACAUCCACGAUGAGAUUCUCACUCAGGAUGCGCGCAAUUUCCAAUCGCGGCCACCCUAUGUGCGCGGGAAUACUGAAUCGUCCAGUAACAUUUCCGUUUAUAUGGGCCCGCGAGAUCGAAGCAGGUCUCCGGUCCCCAAUACUCCGGCCGAUGAUGUAAAUGUCGUCAAUAUCGUCAUUGCGAAAAAUUUCAACUUGGUUGAAGAUGACGUUCAGGUCCAGGCGUUGCAGUUAAUGCGAACAAGAAACCUGGCAACAGAAGCGGGAAUAUUACAUGCUCCGGCAGACUUCCUCUUCGUACCCCUUGUCGUCCGCGAUGGAGAUCUGCUUGAUCCUCCGUUACGAACACACCUUAGCGAGCAUCUCUUAGUUUCCCAUUUCCACGACCCUGAGGAUGGAUACGUGUACCUGGAAGAGAAUGAAUGGUUCUCCGACGGUCAAUACUCUACGUCGUCAGUGAUUCACAAGUCAAAAGCCAAAAAGCAGCAGCGCGCCAAAAUCGAUGAAAUGAUUCUGAACAAACUUCGAGAAGCAAGUGAAUCAGUCACAACAAGCGCCGAGGUCGUUCGGUACAUCCAGGAUAUCGUUGUCUUUCUGCGGCUCAGCCGUGCCGUGGCUGGUGGUAUCUCUGCCAAAUCAAACAAUCAGUUCGCUCAGUUUGCACAGCUCCUUGCACCCAUUCACGGUAUCGAUUACCUAACACCAUCGAUUGUGGCGCUGGCUGCGAGGAAGGUCUUCCGUCACCGAAUUGUUGUCGCGAAGCCAGAGGAUGACCGCAGUCUUCAAUAUGGAAGUGAUCUAGGGGCUGUAUCCCAAGUCCUGGACAAUGUGACUCCUGAUUCUAUUCUGGAUGGCGUUCUUGCAUUGGAGCCGCCGAUAUGA